UCAAACGAUCUUGAAAUUCCUUUAUGCGAGGCAGAGUAUACAAAAUUAUUCGAUAAACGUUUCGAAGAAAAUACUAUUGUUUCGAUGGAAUAGAAACUUUGAGCAUUAAAGCGUCCGAGUCGAAUUGCAUAACUGAUAUCUAAUGUUUGAUCUAAUCGGUCGCGGUAUUGGCUUGUUUAUGAAAAUCUUAUCAGCAAGCUAUUAAACGAUCUUUAUACUCGAGAUCCAUAAAUUCCUUCGGCUCGCAGACCAAGUCCCCAGAUUUACAAAUUUCUAGAUUCUUCUGAUUCUCAAAUCCCUAGAUCCCCGAAUACAAAAAUCCCUAUCUUCUAAAUUUAAAUUUGUAACCCAUCCUGAAAUCCUGAGAUUCGAGUGGGGGUUUACAUUUGCUCCAAACUGCACAAUACAUGAUCGAGUGCUAUCUGAGCAUUCGAUAAGUCUUGUUUUUCGUCUCCAUAACUUCAGAAGUGCCGCCAAACGAGCUGAAUGCCAUCUGCCGUCGAACACGCGGUAACAAAAGACGUCAAAAAGCCACAGAAGCUUGUCUGUCGCGGACAGUGAGCGAUCGUAGGGUUGAUAAUCGCGUGCGAACGAUGCGAAAUUAUGCAAAAGCAGCGAAGAACAGGGCGAGUUACGGCGGCGAGCGGUGUGCAUAGCGAGAAAUAAUCGUGCUGAGAAUACCGGAAGCCGCAAUAAAAUGAUCAGCGGCAUUCAAAUCGCUCUGAAGAAUGCCAUUGACGUGAUAGCACCGCCAGCCACGCCGCUGCAAGACUUCACCUACCACUGGAAGCAGCUGAUGAACUUCUACGUGAACCACCUGACGGAUUGCAAGGUCCCCAUACAAUCGACGAGCAUACCUCGUCACUUGGACAGGUUGCUGGAGAUACUUCUCGAAGAGGAGAAAGACGAGAAUGAGCCAGGCUCCUGUUUGGAGUACCUGUUCCAGCACAAGUUGCUGGACCUGCUGGCCACCCUAGCCAGCGCUGAAACUCCGCCCGGAAUGAGGACAGUCUGUCUGUCCUUCUUGAGAAAACUGCUAGGAAGAUCCAAGUAUCCUUUGCUGCACCACACGUCCAUCUACGGGCCGGUGCAACGACUUAUAGCUCUGUGCAAUGGAAGUGCACCGUCACCCAUGGAGGCCGAGGAGGUCCAGUUCCUCCUCACCAUUUGUUUCCUGGUUUGCAAAUAUCCGCACGUGACCAGCAUCAUAAACGACGCCCCGUCAAUCUCCAGGCAGAACACGUCGGUCAAGAAGAAUACCGAAAAGAUAGAAGUGGAGAAGGUGACCUAUGUGCCGGCGAAAAAGAACUCCAAUCCCCUGUUCGAACCGCUGGACACCCAAGCGAUCACUCUGAUCAAUCCUAAUUUAUUUAACUCGGAGAACGACAGAAGGAGAUCCCCGUGCUCUAACAAGUCGUCCAGUAAGCCCGACCCGAAUCGAGGGUCAUCUAGUCAGUCGAACGGUUCGAUAUCUUCCAGGGAGACCGAGAACGCCUCGCAGUCCUCUAGUCCUGAGACUCCCAAAUUGAUUUGUGAUAACGGUAGCAACGUUUCGGAGCAAGCUGACCCUCGCGACGAGGUCUCGCACAAGUGCGAAGACACGGCGAUGAUGAACGAGAUCGAUGCGCAUCUGCAGAAUCUUCAGGAUCUGAGGUUGGACGUUGAAUACACAGGAGUUUACGAAGAUACCGCUUGCGUGGAAAGUGAUCGGAGUUCGGGGAAGUCGAGGACGUCGUCGAAAUCGAAAUGCCUUCUGCUGGAUGCCUUGCUGAGUUACAUAAACACCGCGGACAAUACCGUAAGAAUAAGAGCGUGCGAGGGUAUAAUGGUCCUGGCAUCCUUGGACGAUCCACCGUUCGCCCAGAUGAUCGUGAACAGUGACUUAACGACGUUAAUAACGAACAGACUAGAGAAUCUUUUCAACGCGAUUCCAGCGCACGUCGAUCCAACGGAGAUCGACGGAGUGGACGUGACGUGGGGUUUGGAUUCUCCUGCUUGGACGAAGGAGAAGAAGUUCUCCGGAUGCAGACAAGUCGCCGCGUUCUUCAUGUGGUUCGACUACUGCAACCAGCUGAUAAGGGAAGCUUAUCCGGAUGUGGCGGACGCGUUGGCAAAAAGCAUAAGGAUCAACUUCCUGGAGAAGAUCGUGACACCAGCUUUGGCCGACCACCAUGUCGUCCUUAUCACAGCACUGAUUACCAAGUGCUUGAAGGAGUUAACCUCCACCACGCUGUGUACAGAGAUGAGUUACUGGCUAGUGGGUCAAGACAGAGGCCCAGAAAUACCAAAUGUGUGGACGUCACAGGUGCUGCACAGAUUGAUAGACAACUGUUUCACGGACAGCGACGAUCUAACUUUGGAAACGUUGAAGCUGUUCGAGGAAAUGAUAGAAAAACGAAACGAGCAUAUAUUACAUUGUCUGGUGUUGGUGUACUUAUCGACGCGAGGCUAUUACGACAACACGGCUGCGGAUAGCGCGAUCGCGUCGUGGAGCGACGAGGAAGACGAGAGAGAAAGAGAGAAAAAGGGCUCGUUGGAUCUCUCCUACGAGCAAAGUCACAGCCGAACACUGGCACCCAGUAAUAUUCACAGAAUUGUAAAUUGCUUCCUGUCUCUGAUUCCGGGAUAUCUUCAAACGGACACGGACGUGAAUAAUUACGAGCGAUACAUGGCCGACCUGGAGAGGCAAUAUUCGAGCGUGUUAACGGAUUGUUCGCUGAUGGCGUGGCCAUUGGAAGCGGUCAGCGUCGACGACUCCGCGAGCUCUGACUCCAGACCGGAAGCUGAUCACUGUUCCGUACGGUUCUACAUGGGACCGUUUAUGGCGAUGCUGUUCGAUAAGGUUGCCAACAUACCCAGACAAAAAUACGAGAUCAAUCUUCAACUGACCGUGGUGAUCUCGAGGCUGGCACUCUUACCACAUCCGUACCUGCAUGAAUUCUUAUUAAAUCCACUGCUACCGUUGGCACCAGGCACAAAAAACUUGUUCGCUUGCUUGCAAAGAGUCGUCAAGCAGCUGGUAAACGAGGUACCAAAGACACCGGCUCACAAGCAGAUACUGAAGGAGACGCGAGAACGAUUGCUCGAGGACUGUUCUCACGAUGGGGAGAAGGAGAAUAUCCUGUUCGAAAGCGUGAUCGUGACGGAAGAGUUUUGCAAAGAGUUAGCCGCGAUAGCGUACGUCAAGUACCAUCAUUCUAUGUGAUAAUCGAUAUCAAAGAGAAUAAUGUAAAUUUUAAGGAUAACUAAUUGUAAUAUCACGGCCGAGUCAUUUACUUAAACGUCGUUCUAGAUACGCUUAAAUAGAGAAUUGUUUUUUCUUCUUUUGUGAUCGAUAUUUGUAACAUACCUGAACUUACUGAUAAGUAUAGGGAAUAUUAUAUAUAUUAAUGUUAAUAUUUGCAACCGACUUAUUUGCACGAUUCAAUUUGUGACUCUAAUAAAGAAAACAUCGAAAAUUGUGUUUCAA